ACACGCCCCAAGUAGGAAGUGCUGAGUAGAGCAGCAGAAACUGUUAGCUGCUAGUAGAAGAGAUGUUUUGAACGUGGCUUCAAACGGAGGCGGAUUUAUUCUUCACCUAUUCAUCCGAUGUGUGAACGCAUCUGUUUAGGAUUUUGUCAUCCAUUCCUUGUGCUGACCACGCUUAAACAGCGACACCAUGGAGCACAUCCGGACACCAAAGGUAGAACAAGUGAAGCUGCUAGAUCGCUUUAGCAACAAGUCUGUCACGGGAACCCUCCAUCUGACGGCCACACAUCUGAUUUUCGUGGAGAGUAAUUCAACCAGUGCACAGGAGAUAUGGAUCCUUCAUCACCACAUUGCCUCCGUGGAGAAGCUGUCCCUCACAACCAGUGGCUGCCCGCUCCUCAUUCAGUGCCGGAAUUUCCGGCUGGUCCACUUUGUGAUCCCGCGAGAGCGUGACUGCCAUGACAUCUACAGCUCUCUGCUCAGGCUGCUGAGACCAGUGUCCUACGACGAGCUGUACGCGUUCUCCUACAACCCAAAGCAGAAUGACCAACAGAGAGAGGAGGGCUGGCAACUCAUAGACCUCGCAGCUGAGUUUGAGCGGAUGGGAGUGCCAUGUGAUCAGUGGCAACUGACAGAUGUUAACAGGGAGUACAAGGUGUGUAAGACAUAUCCAAGAGACUUAUACGUACCCAUUAUGGCCAGUAAACCAAUCAUAGUCGGAAGCUCCAAGUUCAGAAGCAAAGGCCGCUUUCCUGUCCUAACAUACUUCUACCAGGAGAAGAAGGCGGCGGUGUGUCGAUGCAGUCAGCCUCUCUCUGGCUUCAGCGCUCGCUGUUUAGAAGACGAACACAUGCUUCAGGCCAUCAGCAAGGCCAAUCACAACAGCAGAUAUAUAUAUGUGAUGGACACGCGGCCUAAGUUGAAUGCACUGGCGAAUCGUGCGGCAGGGAAAGGCUAUGAGAAUGAGGACAACUACCCUAAUAUCCGCUUCCAGUUUGUGGGCAUCGAGAACAUCCAUGUGAUGAGAGGAAGUUUACAGAAGCUUCUUGAAGUGGUGGGAACGCGCUCACUUUCCAUGACUGAUUACCUGGUUGGACUGGAAAACAGUGGAUGGUUGCGUCAUAUCAAAGCCAUCAUGGAUGCUGCUAUAUUUCUUGCUAAGGCUGUGACUGAUGAGGGCGCUAGUGUCCUAGUGCACUGCUCAGAUGGAUGGGAUAGGACAGCUCAGGUCUGCGCUCUAGGUUCUCUGUUGUUGGAUCCGUACUAUCGCACCAUUAAAGGUUUCAUGGUACUUAUUGAAAAAGACUGGAUCUCUUUUGGGCAUAAGUUUGCAGACAGGUGUGAUCAGUUGGACCCCGACCCAAAAGAGGUGUCACCCAUCUUCACACAGUUCCUGGAGUGUGUAUGGCAGCUGACUGAACAGUUUCCUCAGGCUUUCGAGUUCAGCGAGUGGUUCCUCAUUCAGAUCCACGAGCACGUCCAUUCUUGCCAGUUUGGCAACUUCCUGGGCAACAGCCAACGGCAGAGAGAGGACCUUCAGUUGAAGGAGAGGACGUAUUCAUUAUGGGCUCACCUUCUGAGUGAAAAGCAGAACUACUUGAACCCUGUGUACAGCCCAAGCUUUGCAGAAUCACACCCGGUCUUGGAACCGUCUACCCAAGCCUACCACUUCAAGUUCUGGAGAAACAUGUAUCAUCAGUAUGACCGUUCCAUGCACCCUCGGCAGUCCAUUCUCAAACACGUCCUCACCUUGAAAGACAGCAACCGAGAGCUUGAGGGCACAGUGCAAGCCCUGAAGACUAAGCUCCAGAAGUUCAGUGUGAGUACAUCUCCACUAAAGCCCCAGACACCUCCAAGAGAGCGUAGUCUCCCUCCCCGACCUCAGUCUCUUAUCCUGGGAGCUCCUCUUCUCAGUAGGAAGGAAGUGCAGCAGGAGGAAGAUGAGGAAGUUUUCGGAGAGGAGGCCAUGGAAGAUGCUCCAGCCAUCACUGGCGGAGAACGGACUGUAGAGGGUAGCAGUGCCACGGAGAACGGUUACGGAGAGCUGAAGGGAUCGUUCGACUCCAAGAAUGAGCCGGCCGUGGUCACCUUGGAGUUUGGAGUGGCCAGAAUGACCUGCUAAGGACAAUUGAGAACUUGAUUUUGGAAAUUUCAUGAAUCUAGUGGGACUGAAAAAAAAAAGAUUUGUAUAUUCUGAUGUGAGAAAGAAGUAUGUUUGCUAAUGUGUGUGUGUGUGUGUGUGUGUGUGUGUGUGUGAGCACGCCCAAGUGCGCAGUUGUUUACUCUACGUGAUGCCACUGUACUCAUGUACGAUAGACAAAGAAAUAAUUGGGGGGAAUUCAGAGAUGGAUCCGUUAAUGUAAAUUCAUUGGUAUAUCUGUCAAUUCAAAUGUUAUUUCUGUCAUCAACUACAUUUAAAAAAGCUUGUUUUUUGUUUUUGUUUGCUCAUUUUUUAAAUAAUGUCAAUAGCACUAAAAAGAAAAGAUUAAACAAAGAGCUGAUGGA